GACACUGACUGUGCCGACAUUAUUGGAAAGUCUGCUGAUAGUAUUUAUAAAGCAAUGCUUGAGGAAGGUGACGACGACCCAAUGAUAUAUCCAGAUGAACUUGACAUGCUACUUGGUAAAAAGAUGGCGUUUAGGGCUAAAGUUCAGCCAACAUUUGGCCAAGCAUCUGUUUGGAAACUUUCUUAUGAUGAAGAGUUUGUAAAGGAAAUUGAGAAAGAUUAUAUUACUGAUGAAGGAGAUAGCAAAUCUUUAAACCAAAACCCAGUUGUUGAUCGUGUCGAUGAAUCCAUUGAGUCGUUGUCAGCAUAUGGAGAAAAUGAUCCUGAUAAAAUUGUGACCAAUACUCCAUCCAAAGGAAGUCCUGUUAAUCUUGAUGCUGUAGAUUCUGAAUUACAAGCGUAUGGUACUACCCAGCUCUCAGGAACCAAGCCUGCAAAGAAAGUUAAGAUUGAAUCUGAUGCAUGAAGACUCCACCAGAACCAUUUUAAUUUCCAUCAUUAUUGUUAUUUUGUGAUCUUUUCUUGACUGUUGUUUUAAUGUUUUGGUACAAGAUACACGAGUUAUGAUCCAUGGAUUAAAUAUCAAUU